UGACUCCCAAAUGGCUGAAUGAGAGUCAGUCCCGCUGGAAAUGGUUUCCUGAAAGUAAUUCCGACGGUUUUAGUAGACUUAAACGACUCGACCAUGCUGCACAAAAGAAGUUUUGAAUGAUUACAGCUGUGGCUCACGGAGGGAGAUGGGCUUUGCUGUUUAGGGAGCCGUCUGCUACAGAAGGAUGGCUCUGUUGACUGUUUUUUUAUGGAUGCCGCGCGAAUGACAAACUUUUCUUCACCUCUACGUGGUUUAAUGCCGCAAGCACACAUGGAAGAACUAAACAGCGGAAAUCCACGGCAGACCGCAGAGGUAGAGUCGGCAUCCACCAGCCACCAGCUGGAUGGAGGCUCGCAGAGGAGAGUGGCAGCGAUCAGCUCUCCUGCUCUGGCCGUGGCGCGUCUCACUUUACCUGGAGUCAUGGACGCCGAGGGGAGGGUGGACGAGUCAAGACUGAGGAUGCAUAUCUUCAAAAACGGUGGGCUGUCUCCAUCUGAGCGCAGCCCGGCAUGGCAGUUUUUGUUUGGAAUGUACCCGUGCGGCUCCACAGCUUUAGAGCGCUCACUGCUGCAGGAGCAGCUGUUCGUACGUUACCGGGUGAUGAAGAGAAAGUGGCAGCGGUUCCUUCCUUCAGCCGUGCAGAUGCAGCUCAACGGCACUGACGCUGAGAUGUUGGCAGCGGUCAGGUACUUUGACCAGAGAGUGGCAGAGGCCCAGCAACAAUCUCAGGACCAGUCAGAGGCAGUCAGAGUUAGGAUGGCUUUCCUAGAGCUUCAAGCACAGAUAUUGUUUGAGCGGGUCACAUUUGACCGUGAGGAGCUGCAGGAAGCCAUACGAAUUAUUGACAAGGAUGUGCCCCGAACCAACAGAGACCUGAGCUAUUACCAGAAUCAAGGCUUAGGCAAUCUGUUGGUGUUGCGAGAAAUUCUCAUCACUUAUGCCGCUUUUCAUCCAGAGGUGAGCUAUGCCCAGGGGAUGAAUGACCUGUGCAGCCGUUUCCUGGAGGUCCUCGACUGUGAGGUUGAUGCCUUCUGGAGUUUUUCAUGCUACAUGGAGAAAUUCUCCAGGGACUUCAGGGCCGAUGGUCUGCACAGGAAAAUAGAGCUGGAGGCAGCUCUGCUGAAGGAACUGGACCCUCCGCUUUAUGCUCAUCUGGUGAAAGACAACAUGGAGAGGUUCACUUUCUGCCACCGGUGGCUGCUGCUUGGUUUCCAGAGGGAGUUUGAACACACUGAUGCACUACGCUUGUUUGAGAUCCUGAGUUGUGACCACCUGGAGCUCAUCUCGCAGCAAGUUGAACGAGCCCGUUAUCAGGAAAGACUGGCUCAAAAAUACAGCACAGAAGAUGGUUUGGAGUCGGAGCUGCCGGCGAUCAACACUGACUUCACUUUUGAGCUCUUCAUUUGUGCAGCCAUCCUUUUAGAGCACAGAGAGUCUCUGUUAAAGUGCCGGGAUGACGCUCAGCUCUUGGAGUAUACAAACAGCCUUCAUGGGACACUGGACCUGAACAGUAUACUGAAGAAAGCAGAGCAUCAUUUCUACAACUACUGCAAGCGCUGUGCUUGGGAUUAUAUGAACGAUCGCUGCAGGGUGGACAGGAACAAGCACGAGGACUUUUUUUAUCAUCUUCGUAGUUUAUUUGUUUUAAAAUAAUUUUAUUUAAAAACCUGAUUUCAGAGACUAAUGAAACUGUAAUUUUAUAGCUGAUAUUAUGACCCCAUGUGCACUUUUUGAUGCCUUUUUUUUGUCUGAGGGAAGUGCACUGACACACUUGCGGCUGCUGCUUACCCUUAAAUUUGAUCACUUAUCACUAUUUGUAGGUGUACACUAUUUAUUCUCUCAUAGUUGAUUAACACUGGGUUGUGACUUGUUCUUUGUAUCCUCCCGCACAAAAUAAAAUGGGAGGAGUUUUUGGUUUUUUUGGGGUUUUUUUCGUUCCUGAAUUUCAGUGAAUUAUUAUUUUUUAUUACCUCAGAGUAGAAACUUUACUUUUUAAUUAAUUUAAUUUAAUUCCAGGUCAUGCAACAUUAAG